AAAAAAAAUCGUGGAUAGAGUCCCCUCUCUCAUUUACUACUGCAAGACAAGUGUCUCCUCGCCUAAAAAUCGCAAAACCCUAACUCUAGUCUUUCAAACUCUCUAAUGUGGAACUAUAUUCAAAUUUUUCAUCAAUCUGGGCAAACAAGUUUGAGCCAUGGCUUCCACCGAACCACUUGAAGGACGACAUACUGGGUGUGGAAUAGUGCAAUGGUAUCAGCCAGUUGCAUUGGAUGAUCGUGUUUCUAAGGAACUGAAUGUCGAUCCUGUAUUUGAGAAUGUUCCACGUAGCUGCAGAUCAAGGCGGAGAACUAUUGGCAAGGAAACAAUUAAAGUUGCAGAAUCUGGAAAUCAUGAAAAUGAAGGGCACCUAGGUGGAAACCUUUUAAAUAAAAGGCAACGUACACGUAGGAAAAGGACAAGGAGAGCUUUAGCUGAUUCAAGUGAUUCGGAAGUUAUUAUCCCACACAUCCGACUUCGUGGGCGACAAAGGGGAACAGUGGAUUACAGUAACUUAACCACCAAGUACAGGAAGUUAGACUCAAAAACUUUUGAGGGCUACUUGGAAGACAUAUGGAGCAGGAUUUCUGAAGAGCAGAGGAACUCAUUUGUAUAUCUGGAUAGUCUGUGGUUUUCCUUGUACAUGCAGUCCCCUUUCAAAGAAAAGGUGUUGAAUUGGGUUAAAAGGAAGAACAUAUUCUCAAAAAAAUACAUCAUGGUUCCCAUUGUAAUGUGGUCUCACUGGAGCCUCUUGAUCUUGUGCAACUUCGGCCAAAGCGAGCAAUCACAAACUAUAACUCCCUGCAUGUUGUUGUUGGACUCACUUCAAACAACGGAUCCUAGGAGGCUUGAACCUGGAAUAAGAAAGUUUGUCUUAGACAUACAUAAUGUUGAGGAGAGGCCUAGGAACAAGCUUUUGCUUAACAAAAUUCCAUUUCUGAUUCCUCAGGUUCCACAGCAGAGAAAUGGUGAAGAAUGUGGAUGCUAUGUCCUUCAAUAUAUCAGCUUGUUUAUUGAGAAUGCUCCUGAAAAUUUUAGCAUUUCUGAUGGGUACCCUUACUUUAUGAAAGAAGACUGGUUCGCUCUUGAAGGAUUGGAUAACUUCUGCAAAACACUAGAACUAAAUUCGGCUAGCAGGAAUUCUUCUAUUCUGGAAGAAUAGAUUGCGAUGGUGCUUGGCUGCCUGUAUCUUGCAGUUCUGAAUAUAAACGAUAACUGCCUGUAAAGUUAUAAAAAGGGGGGAAUAAAAAGGCCUAGAUGGGUGUUCACUGAAAAUGGUUUGAGGGCCUGUUUCGAGUCUUGAUUGAUUUAGAGGCUUGUAUAUAUAUUAGUUGACUUGUGCAUCCUAGAAAUCAUUCUCGAAAUUGUUACUUUAGUACCCUUUUUUGAA